GAGGAGAGACAGAGAAUAGGGACGACAGGAGAACAGUGUUUUGUCAGAUAAGAGAAUUCUGAGAUCUGAGAUGGCAAAGGCUGCACCUCACAUCCCCACCAAAGAGAGCAUCUAUGAAGAACAUGCUGAUGAAGGUGUGCCCCAGAAGAGAUGGAACUGUGGUUCUACCUACAGGUUUGGUGAAAGCAAGAAGACGGACAUUCCGGAACAAAAUAAUUUGUCUGUGGGACAGAAUCCUCAACCAGGAGUUGGUCCUGCUACUCAGAGUGUUGCUGAGAUCAUCAAGAAGUUCCAGGUGGAAUCUGCAAAGGACCAGUCCAAGCCACUGAUGGGGGAGAAAGGUUCUCAGCCACUCGUUCUGCAAGGCCGAAUGAAAAUGCUCAUAAUAAGUAGCAUGGAUGACAAGAAAAAGAAAAAAAAAGACUUUUACAUCAUAAAGGAUGCAGAUUGCCUGAUGGAAUGGUGGGAGAACAUUAAAUCAUGGGAAUAUUUCUCGAAUAAACAUGCAAGGAAGGGAGAAGAAGAACUCUUCACAUUGAAAGCUGAACGCAUCCUAAAUGCGGUGCAGCUGUACAACCUCCUUCUGAAUACACAUGGGGAGACCCUGAAGAACCACAUAAUGGAACUCUACGCCAUCGCAGACAACUUCGAUAAGUUCUCCAAGGGAACCAAGAUCGCUGGUAUCACGGGUGGAGCUACGGGGGCAGUUGGAGGGGCAGCGGCUGUGGCAGGGGUGCUGUUUGCCCCCGUCACCUUUGGAGCCUCACUGGCCUUGACAGUCCUCGGCGUCGGUGUAGCGGCAGCUGGAGGGGUGACAGGUGCCUCUGCUGCUAUAGCUAACAAAGUGAGCCACAAUAAUGACAAGAACAAGAUUGAACUGAACCUCCAGUACUUCCAGGCCCAAUUUGGAGACAUUGAGGCCUGUCUGACGUUCAUCAAUGUGGGCAUGGAGUAUCUGAAAAGGCAUGACCUCUCAGUCCUCAAGUGGGUGAACACCGAGACCUUGAGGGUGUCCAAGGUGGCUGAGGUGACAGGAUUGGGUACCACCAGAGCUAUUAAAGCCAGCAGUAAAGCAUCUGGGAAUCUCGAAGGCUUUGCUCUGGGCAUGGGUAUGUACUUCUCUAACAAAAAAAACAACAAAGGGGAACAGAAACUGAAGAAUAAAUUAGUGUCCGAGUUUGGAAGGAAAAUACGUGAAUUGGCUCGACAGUUGGAUGAAGGGCUGAAAGAAUUGUUCAAGGUCAAAGCUGAUUUCAUUAAAAACAACCUCAUCUUCUGAAUGGAAGCAGGAACAAUACGAUCUAUAUGUUAGACAACAUGGCCUUUUGGUUUGUUUCUUUUCUAUUUGAUUUUCUUUAUUC